AUGAGCGCGCCGCUGAAUUGGCACAAAUGGCUAGUGUUGUCGCUGCUCGGAUUGGCUUUGUCCGCUCGCACAAUUGGCUGCGAUUACAGUUCCAUCACCGAGAAAUUUGGAGCGGAAGCCGUGGCUCGAUGCAAUGAAAAAUGUCCUUUCCAGAACCGAACCGGUAAUGACCACUUUGACGUGAGUUGCGGAUCUGAUUGCAGUUUGCAACAGAAUGUCACAUCAGAAACUGUAUUUUCUCGGGAACUCUACUGUGUUAUGGGAUGUAACGAGGCUUUGAAUACUUAUUUCCAAAAAUUAAGAGAAUUGAUCGGGAUACCAACUGCACCAGCUUUAGUGGCAGACAGCUUGACAGCCACGUCACUGUCCCUAGUAUGGGAAGCGCCGAAUUUGGGUAACUUAAGCUACAUGGUACAAUGGCGUUACGAAGAACUGCCCGGAACGUGGCAAUACUACUCUAACUCUAGUCAUUCGGAUCAGUCCAUAAUACACGUGGACGGUUUAAGGCCAUACACUAAAUAUAGGUUUCGGGUGGCCAUAUUCUUAUCUGGUCGAGGUGGUACAGGAGAACCAGUAUACUCUGCGCCAUCAGUAGUAAUAUCUACUUUAGAAAGUGGUAAACCUAGUUCAGCACCCACGUCACUACGCGCCGCAGCCCCGGACCCCAGUCGAGUGGCAAUUUCAUGGGAGCCCGGCCCAUUCCCAAAUGGCCCAUGGUCUUCAGAAUUUGUAGGUAAAACUCUAGCGUCGUCGCCGAACACACUACAUAGCACGUUAUUGUGGUCUGGACCGGAUGGACUUUUACAAACUGAUCUUACAGGAGACAAUCUACAAAUACUAAUUCAUAGAGGACUUUUAAAAAACCUCCAUAUCACCGACAUUUCCUGGUAUCGUGACUUGCUGUACUUGGUCACGAAUGCUUCUACAGUAAUGUGGUAUAACACCACAACGCACAAAAGAGGCUUGAUGUCUAACAUGGAUAAUGUUGGUAGCUUAGCAGUGGAUUGGGUGGGCAAGAAAAUUUACUGGUCUAAUCCGAAGCAGCAAUUGAUAACACGAGGCAAUUUAGACGGUGGGAAUCGGGAGCCAGUACCGAUUGUUACCGUUGCUAAAGAGCUUACAAUAGACUCGUUAGGCGCAUACAUAUACUGGAACACGGGACACGCAGUUGAAGCGGCAAGACUUAAUGGAGAGAAUAAGAUGAUAUACUAUCCAGCUCAACUAUUUAGUGGGAAGCAAGUAAUGGGACUAACGGCGGAUUUAGAAGAGAAAUGGCUUUAUUGGCUAGUUCGAAGUUAUGAUGGAUCUGAACUCCAUCGUGCUCCAACUGCCGACCAGAUUACCCAUGGAAUUAGUGAGGUGUGCCUCUCAUUUCAUUUUCUAAUUAAACAUUUUAACUUACAUUUGUUUUCUUCAAAGGUGUCCGGAUCACUUGUGACCCGUUUAUCCGGCACGGCGACUUUGGGUCCUCUAUGCUACUUCAGCGGCCGACUAGUGUGGGUGCAGGAUGCGUCGAGGGCCGUUGUGUCGGAUCUGGCUGGCAGAUACACUGCAGAUCUGGUACCACGAGUUCACGUCAUUGCAGUCAGAGACCCAACCCUACAUGCAAACAGUGAAUCAUUAAUAGCAAUUCCGGAGACAAUAAAUCCAUCGUCCAUAACCGUGGCGGGCGAGUGGGAUAGGUUCAACGUUACAUGGGAUCCAGCUACACGUGUCAAUGUUAACAAUAGCAAAGUUUAUUACGACGUCAGCUUGCACUUUCCUGGGCAGUAUAAAAUUGAAAAAACAGUGGAGGAGUCGUGGCUGGAGGUGGUGUCAGUGUCGGUGGCGCCGUACAGCAGUAUGGAGGCUACAGUGCGGGCGCACACGCACUGGGGCGGGGGGCCCGCCGCGCGCGCCGCGCUGCGCUCGCCGCAAGCGCCGCCCUCCGCCCCGCGCGCGCCGCGCAUCUACGUGCAACCUGCAAUAAGUGGUGGACCUCAAUCUGCAAUAUUCCGCUGGGGCAGUCCGGCCCGCGCUAAUGGUGUGAUACGAGGUUAUGAAGCGCAAUGCUGGGUAGUGGGCGCGGACUCUAGUUCUCCCACUAAGCCUUCCGCCUGCGCCGACGCCCACCUAUCGCCCUCACACACACAACUCAUGCUGAGAAACCUGACGCCUGCUUCUAAAUACUUCUUUCAGGUUCGAGCUCAUACCGAUGCUGGAUAUGGUCAGUAUUCCGAAGUGGUAUCUGCAUCAUCCGAUGAUGUAAACCCGAUCCCAAAGGUCAUGGUCUCGUCCCAAGAGUCUAUAAAAAUUAUAGAUCUCGACUCCGGUGAAAGUGAAACAAUCCCUAAAAGUACGGGAAUCCCUGUGGACUUCGCUGUGUCUACUGAAGAAAACAUCGUUUACUGGGUCAACAACUUAGAAGAAAUAUUUUCCGCAAGAAUCAACGGUAGCGGACAUUUUAAGCUCACUUCGAUCAAUGGAUCAGCGAGCAGUAUGUGUGUGGACUGGGUGAGCAGGUCAGUUUACUGGACUCAACUGGAAAUCACAUCCGUCGAAUCAUAUGUUACAUACCGAGCUGAUCUGGGUAUGCCCAAUACUCGACCUCACAUCACGAGAGUUUUUGCCAGAAAACAACCGAUUUAUAGCUUGCAAAUAGCUCCUUUGCAUCGGACAUUGUUCUGGUAUGAAGAAAUUGGCCAUCCAGGGCUCGGUACAAUAAUGACAUCCCACUUAAAUGGCUCCGACAUCAAACCCUUCUUCAGAAAUUCUGAAACGUCAGGGCGUGAAUGUAACUGCCCGGAAAACCCACAAGUGGCGAAAGCUUUCGUAAUCGAUAUGACUAGAAGUAAGAAUUAUGACUUGUAUUGGGUCGAUCCUUGGCUACAUCACAUCAUCGCUACAGACAUGGAUGCUUGUAAAUGCAGAGUAGUUGUUGAUGCAACUGAAAAGAAAAAAUACGGAUUUACACCAAUGUCUAUCACAGUUGAUAGCAGAUAUGUCUACUGGUUUAAUUCUACACAAAAAGAAAUAUUUUACACGACAAAACAUCACAAGACAAGAAUCGAAGAAAGGAAGACCGCAUAUGGAUACAAGAUCAUGGCGUUGGAUUCCGGUAAUCAGCCUUACCCACCGAGAUUGUGUUUGUUUCCUAAAAUACUGAUGCUAAGACCGAAACUUAUUUCGAAUUCGGCAAACAGCAUAACAUUACAUAUGCCUUAUGUGGAGAAGCCGAACCGAUGUCACUCUUUGGAGUAUGAAAUGUCGACGACAGAAUAUACAAUAUUUUACAGAAUACAGCUACGAAACGACACUUCACUUUGUGAUAAAGAAUCGUGUUCGUUCGUCACUACUACGAACACCAAAGUAGUGAUUAAUGAUCUUAAACCGUUUACUAACUACACAGUCAUGUUAGAAGCUACUAAUUACUACGCGAAAUUACACGAGGUGAAGCCACUUGUCGGUACUCCUAUGAUCAUACAGACGGCCGCUGAAGCCCCAACAGCUCCUAAGGAUGUGACGGGAAUGGUGUUAAGUCCAGUACUAGCGUACGUAGAAUGGAAGCCUGACCCCGGUCUAUCGUAUGAAGUUCAUUGGAGAACUGAUGACUCUUCUUCAUUGGCACAUAAGCUAAUAAAGGAGCACAACACGUUCGAGGUGUCGUCGGACCGCGCGGCGAACAUAACGCGGCUGUCGCCGGGCACGGCGUACGUGGUGUGGGUCCGCGCGCGGUCGCGGCACUCGGCGGUGUGGGCGGACAGCGCGCCGCUGCGCCUGCGCACGUUCCCGCCGCCCGCCGCGCUGGCGCUGCGGGCCACCACCCCCACACACAUCCGUCUGCUGUGGCCGCCACCCACCACAUACCAACUGCACCAGUUUAGAGUGGAGUACAUGGAAGCGUCGCCGACCAGUUCAACAUGGAAACCUUGUACCAGAGACGAGCGUAACGAGUGGGUAGCGACUGAUCUUCGGCCUCUGACGCGAUACCGAUUCCGUCUGCGCUUGCAAUACGUCGCCAGCGCACCGCCUUACUACUGGCCGCACGAUGACCGCUUUACUUUCGGUACACUUGGUGACGUUCCUGGCGCUCCAGGGCCCUUACGAGUAGAGAGUUUUCGUAAUGGAGUAUUGCAAGUAAAAUGGAAUGAACCAGACUCGCGAGGAUCGCCAAUUUUGUCCUACCGCGUUUGGGGACGACCACAACACAGGAUAAGUCAAGGAAAUGAAAAUAUCACUAAGAAUCUCAGUGAGUUGUUACCUGCAAACCUACCCUCAGAUAUUGACGACAAGAUGAAAAUGCGUGUCGUAAGGGAAGGAUGGGAGCUACUCCAUAAUUGUACUGAAACGUUCUGGCUGCUGAGCUCGGAGGGCGCGGGCGCGGGCGGGGGCGCAGGCGCGGGCGCGGGCGCGGGCUGGGUGGCGCGCGUGCAGGCGCGCAACGCGUACGGCUGGGGCGCGCUGUCGCCCGCUGCCGACCUGGACGCGGCCGCCGCGGCGCCGCAGCGCCCGCCGGCCGCCGCGCUGGCCCUCGCGCUGCUCGCCGCGCUCGCCGCCUUGCUCGCCGUCGCCGCCGCCGUCUUCUACGCAUACAACGCCCGAGCUCGGAAGAAAGCAGCCGUUGCGAACCAAAUUCCAACUAAUCCUGCAAGAAGAGGUCCGGAUGUCGAACUUGCAACAUUGAGACAAUUGCCCACCAGACAUUCUACGAAUAUACUGUACAAUCAGGGUGUGCAUUGUCCAACGGACGCAGAACUAGCCAGCUUACCCCAUAUUCGUCGUGAACAGAUAACUUUGACCAAGUUUCUGGGUUCUGGUGCUUUUGGAGAAGUAUUCGAAGGAGUAGCCAGGCAAAUCAAUGGUAGUACUGCUGAUACAAAAGUAGCUGUUAAGACGUUACGCAAGAGUGCAACAGAACAAGAAAAGACUGAAUUCCUAAAAGAAGCUGCCUUGAUGUCGAAUUUCAAGCACGAACAUAUUCUUCGUCUUUUGGGAGUAUGCCUUGAUAAUGAUCCUAAUUACAUAAUAAUGGAACUUAUGGAAGGUGGUGACUUGCUAAGUUACUUGAGGGCUAAACGCGCUUCACUAUACACCCCGGAAUCUCUAACACUUUUAGAUCUUUUGAACAUGUGUGUGGAUGUAACGAAAGGUUGUCGCUACUUAGAAGAGAUGCACUUCGUCCACCGCGACCUCGCGUGUCGAAACUGCCUUGUGGCCCACCGAGCUAAUGGACGAGUUGUAAAAAUUGGCGACUUUGGAUUAGCCAGAGAUAUCUACAAGAAUGACUACUACAGGAAAGAAGGCGAAGGAUUACUGCCAGUGCGUUGGAUGGCGGUGGAGUGCUUAGUGGACGGCGUGUUCUCUUGCCAGUCUGACGUCUGGGCGUGGGGAGUGCUGUGUUGGGAGAUAUUAUCAUUGGGACAACAACCGUAUCCUGCAUGCACUAACCGACAAGUGCUGGCAUAUGUGCGAAGCGGUGGCACACCCGACAGACCACCCAACUGCCCUUCUGCAUUGUACGAGUUGCUGCAGAAGUGCUGGAGCUACGCGGCGGAGGCGCGGCCGUCGUUCCGGCAGUGCCUGCAGCUGGUGACGGCGCUGCGCGACAAGACCUCGCCCAACAUCACGCUCACCGCCACGCCCAGCCCCGCGCCGCACUACCUCACUCUCCUGCCCGACGAUGAAGAUUUCCCGGACCACAUGGAACCGUCACGACUGCUUCCAGAGCGAACUCCGAAAUACUUAGAACUUAUGUACGACAGCGACUCUGCUCAGGGCACCAUUUGUGACGGUUACGAGAUCCCGAGAGCCCCGAUCACGUACAUGCCUCCGUUCUCUAGACACAGCAUCGUGGGCGUGGCCCCGAACAGACUGAUCAAGCCUCCCCUGUACAGAACACAUUCCCUGCGGACACAGUCGCGGCCACCGAACGCCACGAUCAUACCGUUGAGGAACGGGUUGGUGAAACGAGCCUCGCUGUGUGAGGAGAUCCGAGCCCGGGACCCGCGUCCAACUUCGUCUCGGGAACAGCCGCGAGUUGACUUAGACUUUGAUAAACACGUAUUCAAGACUCCAUUUUGAACUGUGAUAUUAGGAAAAAUUAAUUAUGCAAUAAUAUAUUAUGUAAAUUUUCCACCGAAUGAGGAUACUGUUGUAGAAUUAAGUGAAUAUUUAAUAUUAUUUAUUUUGUCUAGAGUACAGUUUGUAAAUAGAGAUGAAUAAAUUCGUUGUAAAUAUUAGUGUAAAUAAUCUAUAGUGUUGAGGUUAAGUAUCUUUAGAACACAUCACAAGACAACCUAUUAAAUGCAUUUAAUGAAAGCCAAUUAAUUAAAUAUAUCGCCUAGUACUAUGAAGUUUUAUUACUCUAUCAUUUAUAUUUUUAGACUAUUCAUAAAAUUAAAAUAGAACUUUUACAAUAGCAAUAACGAUAAAAGGACUAAAUUGAAACAAAAAUAUGCUUAUUUUAAUAUUUUAUUUGAUAUACGUUACGAUUAAUUUAUUAGCCUAAAGUAUUUUUUACAUUUUAACAAAAAUAAGUGGAUUUCAAAUAAUUGAAAUAGAUUUAGAUAAAUUCUACGCAAAUUCUGAUUAGUAUAUUUUAGGUUUCGGUAUGCUUAAUGCACUAAAAUGCAAUGUACUUUUUAGUCGACUAAUUUUUAUUCAAAAACCAUAAGUAUGUAUAUCGAAAAUCAAAAUGUACGUACAAUGCCAAAUAAACCCGUUUUCACACUCAACUAUUUGCUAUAAUGUUAUAAAGAAUAAACUUAUUUAAAAAUAAGCCAAAUAUCAACUAUUAAGUCUCACAGCAUUAUUGCCAUUUCGCUUCGAUUACGCUCUGUUUAGUUACCUUUAGGUCAUAAACACGGAACGCAAAAUUCAGCACAAUAACAACUACUUACUUCAAUAUGUCGUUAAAAAACUACGUGUCGAACGGUGACGCGCAAUCGUCAGAAACCUGUUUCUUUUCACAGCAGUAGAAAUCAAUGACAAAUUUUUGAUCAACGUGUAAUAGUUAUGUAGCGUAAUAAUUAUGCCCGUGCAUGCAAAUGCCUAGAAAUUUUACACACACUUAGUAAAAAUAUAGAUUUUUUUAGUUUAGCAAAACUUAGUAGUAUUUAUUUUUAGUAGAAAAAGGAGACAGACGCGUGACACGGUUCAAAGAAUAUAAAGUUAUAAUACAUUACUUUUGUAUAUAAUUCGAGGUAGUUAAUAUAAAGAUGUCAGAAUCCUCGAAACAAAUAUAUAUUUUGCGUAGAACUGCAAACGACAGCUUAUCUAAUAAUAAAAUAAAAUAUACUUUUCGUAACUAAAUAUAACUUCUAUGUAGUAAUAACUAGACUUAUCUAUUCGCCGUCUUCGGCAAUUUCUUGCUUCAUCCGUUUCUCAUGUUUCAACUGUUCGGUGGUGGUGACAUUGCCACCGAUAGCAGGCGGGUCGUGGUGGUCGUCGUCCUGUGCGUCGUCUUUACUAUUCUCGUGUAGCAGCACGUACUCCCUCUGAGAGAAUCCGAACUUCACAACGUCGCGCUCUAGUAACUCCACAUACCGACGAGGUUCGAUUUUCUUAUUAUUUACAAAAGUACCAUUAGCAGAUUCUGAAAAAAAAUAUUAUGAUUAGCAGUCGAAACUUGCAUAAUGUUAUUAAUAGUGGCUUACAGAGUGCAAGGAAUAAAAUGAAACCUACCUAAAUCUAUGACGUAAGGUCUAACCCUGCGUCCUUGCGUGCCGUCCGGUCUCGUGAAUGGCGUAGCUCGAUACUGCAGCGCAGCGUGUUGCUUGCUAAUAGAAGGAUGUUCCAAUGCAAUAUCCACCACUUUCUUGUCCCGCCCAAUUAGAAAAGCUGACUGACGGUGAAUGUACAGGAUAGGUAAUGCUUUAUCUCCUUUGAAAGGAUAGAAUCUGAAAAUAAAAAACGAAAAUUGUAACACAUUUUGUACUUCGCAACCAUUAAAUAUUUGAAUAGAAUAAUAUGC